UAAAUCUGAAAUAUUUUAAAUGGUACUAUAUAAAGGUUUUAAAAUACGCAAUAUAUAAUGCUCGACAAGGAGUGGGUGCACCUCUGCAGAGUUGAUCCUGCUUAUGAGAGAGGAGCUACAAAUUUUGUCCGGACUGUGGCUGCGGCGAUGGGAGACGUGGAUAUGAUUGUCUGUCCUUGCAUUGAUUGCCGUAAUAUAGAUCGUCACUCAAGCAGUGUUGUAGUUGCUCAUCUGGUAACAAGGGGAAUGGACGAGGCUUAUAAGAGGCGGUCUGAUUGGUAUCAUCAUGGAGAAUUGAUACCAAUGGCUGAAAGUGAAAGCAAUCAAAGUCAGUGGAAUGAUGAGAUUGUUGGGUUAUUUCAAGCUGCUGAAUUUUUGGAUGAGGAGUUUGCUGCGAAGCUUGAGAUUGCAGAGGAAGAAGAUGAGGAGGAAGAAGUACAAGUUGACGAGGAGGAGUUAUCCAGAUGGAAGAAAAGGUCGAUUUUAUUCAAGCUAUCUUAUUGGGAGGAACUCCCUGUUAGACAUAACCUAGAUGUAAUGCAUGUGGAGAGAAAUGUGGCUGUGAGUAUUGUAUCAACAUUGUUGCAUUGUGGGAAAUCAAAAGAUGGUUUAAAUGCUCGUAGAGAUUUGGAGGAUCUUGGUAUUAGGAAGGAAUUGCACCCUAAAUUCAGAGGAAAAAGAACAUACCUACCUGCAGCAGUUUGGUCUUUAUCUAAGACAGAGAAGAGGAUUUUUUGUAGGCGACUUUUUGAGUUCAAAGGCCCAGAUGGGUACUGCUCCAACAUUUCCAGAGGCGUGUCAUUAGAAGAAUGUAAGAUCACAGGAUUGAAAUCACAUGAUUAUCAUGUGUUAAUGCAGCAGCUUCUUCCCAUUGCACUUAGAGGUUUGCUACCUAAAGGUCCUAGGGUAGCAAUUAUACCGCUUGAUUCAAACAGUCAUGCUGAGACACUUAAAUGGUUAGCAUUUGGUCCACGUACCUGCGCACGGUCAUAUAGAGGAUAUAUAGUAAAUGGGCAGCGGUUUUACACCAUAUCAGUAGAUAGAAAAAGUCAGAAUAGUGGUGUUUACUAUGAGGCUACAGCUGUCUGCAGGUCUAGUGCUAAGGAUACUUCACAAGUGGUGGAUUUGGUUUCAUACUAUGGGACAGUAACAGACAUUAUCUUGUUGGACUACAAUGUGUUUUAUGUCCCUUUAUUCAGAUGUCAAUGGGCAGUGAAGGGUAAUGGAGUAAAGGAAGAAGAUGGUUUCACGCUUGUUAACAUGAAUCAUAGUCAAGUUAGUUUUUCAAGGGACCCGUACAUAUUAGCCUCUCUAGCAAAGCAAGUGUUUUACUCAAGGGAAGACGAGUCAUCAAGCUGGCAUGUUGCUAUGAGAGGUCCUUCUAGAAAAUUCAGUCAGAAAGAGUUUGAAGCUGGAGAUGCAGACAUUAGUCCUUUGCUUGCAAAUAUUGACAUGGGUGUUGACUUGGAUGAAACAGAAAAUGAAAGAACUGAUUGCGAAGGCAUAUAUGUGUGGAGAGGAAGAAAACCUAAACAGAAAGAUAAUGAGGUAGAAUAUCUGAGUACCCGUGAACCUGAACCAGUAGAACCAGAUGCUGCAGAACCAGUAGAACCAGAUGCUGCAAAACCAGUAGAACCAGAUCCUGCAGAACUAGAGCUCAAUGAAGAAGAGCUUGAAGGUGAAGUGACGCCUAAUGACGCUGAGAAAGGUCUGAUUGAUGAAGAGCCUGAAGGUGAGAUACACCUCUUUGAAGAUCAUGACAACGUUGAGAGAAAGAGUAAGAGACAGCGAGGACCAACACGCAUGAAAGACAUCGCCAAGGAUCCAAAUACCAGAGUACAUGUAGAGUUCAAUAGCCUGGGAGAACCUUAUGGUAAAGGGUCUGUUAAGAUGGCAUCUUACGUUGGAGCAUUGGUACGGGAACAUGUUCCUAUCACAUUUGAUCGUUGGACAAAAAUAACUGAAGAAAUCAAGACACUUCUCUGGAAAUCUGUCCAGGCAAGGUUUGAGAUAGAUGAAGAGUACCAGAAGACUGCAGUGCUUAAGCAGAUGGGAUGUCUGUGGAGGUCAUGGAAAUCCCGUCUAGUCACCAAGGUUAGACAAGCUGAUACUAACCAACAGAGGAUGAAGCUGCGACCUAAGAAUGUCUCUCCAUUUGAGUGGCGUAAACUAGUCAAAAUCAAAACUAGCAAAGAGUUUAAGGUUGUAAGUGAUAGCUAUAAGGAACGAAGGAGCAAACAGAUUCCUCACACCACUAGCCGCAAAGGAAUGGUUAGACUAGCAGAAGAUAUGAAAAAGGAGAGUUCAAAUCCAAGUGAAGUGUCAAGGCUAAAGGUCUGGAUCAAGUCACGUGCCAGAAAAGAUGGUACACCAGUGAAUACAAAUGCGGCUGAGAAGAUUAGAGAGGCAGCUGAGAUUGUUAAAAGUGAUACUGCAGCAUCUACUUGUUUUGAUGGCCAAGAUUCACUUAGCCAGCUACUAGGACCUGAUAAUCCUGGUCGAAUGAGGGCAAUGGGUAGAAACAUGAAUAAGACCAAAUUAGCAUGUUUCCAAGUGAAGAACAAGUGUAUGGCAGAAAUGGAAGCGAAGCAAACUCAUCUAUUGUUGAAGGUCAAUGAGUUAGAAGAUGUAAUUGAAAAAUUGAAGAACCAGAGACAAGAGCCUGAUGCUGCUUCAAACUCAGCUGCUAGAAGCGUAAACAAAAGAUCACAACCUAAGUGUAUCUUGAUUGAUUGGACUGGUAAUGGUGAUGCAAUUGUUGCUGAGGGGCGCAUUAUUACUUCUGAUCCAGAUGAGUUAGUGAAUGAUUGUCGCUUAGGCCCUUCGGAUGUCAAAGUUUUGGUAGACACUGCUACAGUACCAAACGCAUAUCUUUGGAGACCUGCACUUAACAUGUGCACAAUUGAAUCUGCUAUCGGACAGAUGAUUGCUUGGCCUGCCUCUAAGUGUGUCAACAUAGAAAAUGAGCAGGAACCAGAAGACAUUGAAAAACUGAGCCAAAGAACUAAUUCAGCGAUGAACAAAUGCAAGCUGCUGGAUUUAUCUGCAGAUGACGUGGUUGUUGCUGAAGGGCGUUGGCAGACACAAGAUCGUGAUGCCUUAGUAAAUGGGCUACCUCUGGGACCAAAUGCAGUGAAGAUCUUUGUAGAUGUGGUAUGUCAACCUGAGACAUUUAUCUGGAGGCCUACGAUUGAUGUAACAUACCUUGAGGACUGUCUACAAACAUUUGUAUCAUGGCCUGUGAACAAAGUCGUCUUUCAAAACCCAACAGAUGCAAUAGGUCAGCAAUCUCCAAUUCAGAAAGCUGCAUCAACUCAGCAAUGUUCAGGAGGAAAAUCUGCAGCAACAGCUCAGAAAUCAGUGGGAACAAGUCAGAAAACUACUGCAGCAUGUCAGAAAACUGCUCCAACAGUCUCAAAACCUCCUGCAGAGAAGUCUCCACCAUCUGGUCAAGAAUCUCCUAUCCAGCAAAGUCAACGACCUACACUAACAGCCCCUCUUCGAAGAUCUCCGGUAAGUCAUUUUGAUAUGUUGUGCAGGUGAUUGUGAUUAUUAGAUCUCUUUGUUAUAAACUGACUAGUUUUUU